AUGGCCGCCUCGCCCUCCCUCCACGCCCCCCGCCUCCUCCCGCUCCUCCCGAACCCCGCCCCGAGCCUCGUCGGGCCCCGGCACUGGCCGCGGAGGCGCCUCGCGAAGGCGCAUGCGGUGCCGCCGUCACGGAACAACAACUCGGCGGGGACGGACUGGUGCCCGGUGCCCCCGGAGCAGCGGCCCGUGAACGAGUACGAGGCGCUGGCCACGUCACUUCCCUUCUCCUGGGCGGCGGGGGACCUGGUGCUCUACUUCUCCCGCCUCGCCUUCACGAUGGCUGCAUUCGCGUUCUUCGUCGGCCUCCCCGUCGCGGCCUUCGGCGGCCGCGGGGGCGCCGGCGGCGACGCCCCGCACCUCGCGCUCGGGGCCACCGGCUCCGGCAUCCUUGCCGUCACGCUCGCCGUCGUGCGGAUGUACCUCGGCUGGUCCUACGUCGGGAACCGCAUGCGCUGGAUGUCGCUGGUGGUGGAGGAUUUCUGUUCUAGAAUGGGAGGAGAUCGGGGGAAAGAACAACCUGAGACAUUCCCAAGAGACGUGGUUCGCUGUGUUGACGCCGUCGGAGGAGAGCUCCGAUCCAAUCGCCCAGUAAGAUGCGGUUUAGAAUAA